GCUGUCUCUGCAUAUGUGUAUGUGCGGGAGCUCGUGUGUGUGUCUGCGCGCGUGCAAGUGUGUGUGUGUGUGUGUGCAAGCGCCUCCGUGCAAUCUAUUAAGUGCUGUGGAGUGGAAUAUCAAAUAUCAAUUGAAUAUAGCUGAGAAGAAAUCACAAAACAAGCGUCGUUUGCCACUUUUCGCAUUUCGCCACCCCUCCCCCGCGCCUCUAAAUAAGUUGUUCUAAUUGUUGAUUUCUGUGUGUGUUUUUUAUUUCGCUUGUAUUUUCUUUUUUUUAUUUGUGGUGUGUGCAGUGUUGUUGUUAUUUAGCGCGAGUGAGAGUUUCCCGUUGUUUCGUCUGCUGUGCUGUGUUGUUGUUAUUUACUAUUCAUUGGCGUUGUUGUUGUUGGCGCUGUGUAUCUGUUGACGGCAAACGCGCAACGGCCAACUGAUGAAUUUCAAUUGUUUUCAUUAAAACAACAAAACAAAAAAGCGAAAAACGAAAAAAACGCAACGAAAAAUUUAUGCGCGCGCCGCACGCCCCAAACGACGACGUCGACGACGCCCCGUCAACGUCUCCCCUGACGCUCCCUCACAGCCCACCCCACCCCCUGACCAACAACAAGAACAACAACAGCAGCAGCAGCAGCGUGUAAACUAACAGCAGCAGCCGCAGUCGCUGUCGCAGUCGCCAUAACAGCAGCUGCUCCAUACACAAAUACACAAACAUACGCAUACACAGACGUAUAUAGGAUGGCCUCCAACAGUUUUGGCAGCACUGGAGUCGCUGCAGCAAUGACCUCGACAUCCUCAGCAGCCGCCGCCGCCGCUGCUGCCGCAGUUGGCGCAGACAAUGGGGAUUUGUGGCGCGAAUGCGUUGCAUGGUUGGUGCGUUGCAAGGUAAUUGCCAUAGAUCACAAGGCGGCGCUUCCCGAUGCCGAAAUACGCAUUCUUGCGAUGACACUGCGAGAUGGCGUCUUGUUGUGCAACCUGGUCAUCCAUCUGGAUCCCACCAGCAUGGAUGCACGCGACUUUAACCGCAAGCCACAAAUGGCGCAGUUCCUUUGCUGCAAGAACAUCAAGAUGUUUCUGGAUGUGUGCCACAAUCAUUUCAACAUUCGUGAUGCGGAUCUGUUUGAGCCCACAAUGCUCUACGAUUUGAGCAACUUCCAUCGUGUGCUCAUCACGCUCUCAAAGCUGUCGCAGUGCCGCAAGGUUCAACAACUGCAUCCGGAGUUGCUUGGCUUCAAUCUGCAGCUGUCGCCCAGUGAACGUUCGCAUUCGGAUGAGGCGAUUUACAAGGAUUUGCAUUCGACCCAUGACAUGAAGAAGGCGAGCAGCAUCGAUGCCACAACCACAACAGGCUCCUCAUCAUCGGAAUAUUACGAGCGCACCUCGCACAGCGGCUCACUUUCGGUGGAGGAUGAGAACAGCGAUAUAACUAUUGAGAACGGCACCGAGGACAUCGAUGAUUACAUCGAGGAUUCGCUGUCGAAUAUGUGUGAUGCCAGCAUCGAGCAUGAUGCCAUCGGGAAUGAACAUCAUCAAUCCGUCCAGGGUCAGUUGCGUGCUCUCUCUUUUGAUUUGUCCCUCGAUGUGGAGCCCAGCAGCUGCAGCAAUGAUUGCGUCACACCAACGCCAACGCCACAAGCGGAAGCGCCACGCGCCAGCACAUCAGCUGCCGCUGCGGCAGCGGCGACUUCAGCUGCUGAAGUUGAAGCAACGACGAGCAGCUCGGCAAUUGGCGCGUUUCCAGCUGGCAGCAUCUCGUCCACAUCCUCGCUGUUAGUCAGCGAGAGUCAGAGGUUGCAACGUGCCGCUGCCGCCGUUUACAAUUAUCGCUCGUCGAUGCAAAUGUCCACGGAGCACGAGUAUGCGUACAUCAAUGACAUCUACAGCGAGGACGAUGAAAAGGUCUAUGAGGAUCUGUGCUAUGUCACGUUCCAGUCCAAGGUUAAACCAGAGGUUACCACCGACAAUAUUGCAUGCAAUGGAACUGUUUAUGACCACACCAACACUAAAGAAGAGGAGGUCUAUCAAGAUUUGUGCGCCCUGCACAGAACGAGUAGAGGCCAGACACAAUCGACGACCAGCUUCGAGCAGCGCGACUAUGUUAUACGCGAACUCAUCGACACGGAAUCCAACUAUUUGGAUGUGCUCAAUGCGCUGAAGGCAAAGUUCAUGCUGCCGCUCGAGAGGCACCUCAAUCAGGAGGAGCUGCGCCUCAUAUUUCCGCGAAUACGGGAACUGGCUGACAUACAUACCAGAUUUCUAGAGAAACUCCGCGAAUCGCUGUCAACGAUGGCAAAGCAAAAAAUGGGUCAGGUAUUUUUGGAAUUUCGCGAACCAUUUCUCAUCUACGGCGAGUAUUGUUCGAAUUUGCUGAAUGCCAUCGACUAUCUGGCCGAUAUUUGCAAGAAGAAUCAAAUCAUCGAUCAGCUGGUACAGAAAUGUGAGCGUGAAUAUAAUGUGGGCAAACUGCAGCUACGAGACAUAUUAUCGGUGCCCAUGCAACGCAUACUCAAGUAUCAUCUGCUGCUGGACAAGCUGGUGAAGGAGACAUCGCCGCUGCACGAAGAUUAUCGUUCGUUGGAGCGUGCCAAGGACGCGAUGAUCGAUGUGUCGCAAUAUAUUAACGAAGUGAAACGCGAUUCCGAUCAUCUGGUUAUCAUACAAAAGGUCAAAGAUAGCAUAUUCGAUUUGAAUUUGCCCCAAAAUGGCAACGAUCUGCUCAAAUACGGCCGCUUGCUGCUCGAUGGGGAUCUGCACAUCAAGGCGCACGAGGAUCAAAAAACCAAAAUGCGUUAUGCGUUCGUGUUUGACAAAAUCCUCAUACUGGUCAAAUCGCUGCACAUCAAAACCGGCGACAUGCAGUACACGUAUCGGGACUCGCACAAUCUCGCCGAUUAUCGCGUCGAACAGAGUCAUUCGCGGCGCACGCUUGGUCGAGAUACACGCUUCAAGUACCAGCUGCUUUUGGCCCGCAAAUCAGCUAAAACUGCAUUCACUCUCUAUCUAAAGUCGGAGCCGGAACGCGACAAGUGGCGCAAAGCGCUUACCGAAGCCAUGGAAAACUUAGAUCCGCCGGGUUGUCGCAAUACGGAUCAUAAAAUGGAAAUCUACACGUUCGAUGCGCCCACCACGUGCCGGCAUUGCUCCAAAUUUCUCAAGGGACGCAUACAUCAGGGCUAUCGCUGCAAAGUGUGCCAAAUCAGCGUGCACAGAGGUUGCAUUUCGUCCACGGGUCGCUGCAAACAGAAUCCGGUUAGCAUACCGCCGCCAGUCUGCGAUCGCCAACUGUCCGAGUUCAACUGGUUUGUGGGCAACAUGGAUCGCGAGACGGCAGCCAAUCGGUUAGAGAAUCGACGCAUUGGCACAUAUCUGUUGCGUGUGCGUCCUCAAGGUGCCUCCUCGCCACACGAGACGAUGUAUGCGCUCAGCUUAAAAACGGAUGAUCAUGUGAUCAAGCAUAUGAAAAUCAAUCAGGAAAACGAUGGCGAGUCUAUGCUCUACUGCUUAUCGUCACGACGCCAUUUCAAGACCAUUGUGGAGCUGGUUUCCUACUACGAGCGCAACGAUCUGGGUGAAAACUUUGCCGGGCUGAAUCAGUCAUUACAGUGGCCCUUCCGUGAAGUGAUUGCCACCGCGCUUUAUGAUUACGAGCCAAAAGCUGGCAGCAAUCAGCUGCAGCUGCGCACUGAUUGCCAAGUACUUGUGAUUGGCAAGGAUGGCGACAGCAAAGGCUGGUGGCGUGGCAAAAUUGGUGAUACGGUUGGCUAUUUUCCCAAGGAAUACGUACAGGAGCAUCCUGUGACCAGCGAUGAGCUUUGAUAUUACAACUAUGAGGUUUACUUUGCACCGAAGGCGAGCACGCCAACUGCGGCCAUUUCAGAAAUACCUGUAGCUGUACAACAACAACAACAACAACAAACACAACUCGCAACAAAUGGGGAAUCUAUCCACAACUAUCACCACAACAACAAUAACAAUAAUAGCAGCAGUAGCAGCAGUAGCAAUAACAACAACGUUAGUUAGACGAGAUUUGCUGCUGCUGCUGCCUGAGGAUGCGCGAUAUUUGUUGCACUUAGUUAAAAUAUACAACAACAACAAACCAACAAACAAAACAAAACACAAAAGAAACAAAAUUAAUUUUAUUAUUAUUAAUUAUUAUAUAAACUAUUUUUUUCCAAUUUUUUUUUUUGAUGAUAAUGAUGAAGAUGAUGUGCAUUUGAUUUUGCGUUUGCUCGAAACAUUUUUUGUGCCAACAACUGAACAAUUAUGAGAAUGCACCACUGAAUGUUCCAUUCGCGUUUGUUUUACGUACAUGUAUAAUUUUGUUUUGUAUUGCAAUAUAUAAAGUGUAAAAUCUAUAUAGCAUAUAAGUACGUAUAUGUAAACUGCACAGAGAUGGUGUUCAAACAAAACAAAACAAAACAAAAAAGAAAAAAAAAGCAAGUUUUAUUUAUUUUUUAAUAUAUUACGUGUGUGUAUUUGUUGCUACACCUCCAACUUCCAUUACAAAUUUCCAUGUUGUACACUGCGCUGCGUAUAAUUAUAUGUUUUAUUUAAGUCAGAAAAACACACACACA